CUCGGUAAAUAUGUUGUGAAUGUUGUUAGGCGCUAUUUUUCUAUUAACUUUCCAUUUCUGGUCAUGACCAGAUUAUCACAUGAUGGAAGUUGGCACACGUGACAGUUGAGAAGAAUUUAAGGGUUUUGAAUUGGAAGAUGUAGAAAAAGCAUAUACUACUUAUGUUUAUCAUCUGCCUGCUUUGGAUGAUGCUGUUAAACAAGGAUCAAACCUCAAAGUGUCUGUUAUUGAAUCAGAAUCAGACCACGAGUCAGAAACUGAAAGUACCGGUAGUGACGAUGAUGAUAUUGUACUGGCAGAUUAUUAUCAUUGGAUAGACAAUAUACUAGACAUUCAGUGGACCACAGCCUGGACCUACACAAACACUUGGAGCCAAUGAAAACGAAUUGGAUUUCUUGAAUUUUUUGUUUUCUGAGAAAUUCUACUCAAAGAUUUCUGAGGAAACAAAUGUGUAUGCUCCACUCUGCAUCAGAGCUAAAGCUAAUCCUGUAUGGUAUAACACAACCUCCAAAGAAAUAUGUGAUUUCCUUGGAUGUUUAGUUGUUAUGGGGAUUAUUAGUGCACCUGCACAAGAUCUUUACUGUUCAAAAGACAAACUAUUUCAUUUGUCAUGCAUUGAAGGGAGGUUUACAAGAGGACAAGAUUUGAAAACAAUCAGAGGUUAAUGCUACACUAUAAAGAAUCCAUAAAGAAACCAGCCUUGGCACAAUUGUGACUUUUUUCAUAUUCAAACAGUAAUGGAGAUAAUUAGAUAAUUAAAUUUGUUUAAUUUAUUAUUCAUGUCUAUGUAAUGUUCUUCCAUUUGCGUGUUCUAUACAUGUGUCAUAAAACUACCCUGCCACUUUGUUACCGCCUGCAGUGCCUGUUGCUGACCGUAGUUGCUAUUUUUAGACCACCUGUCUUUGUUUAUUUGCCUCAGGGGGUCCUUUGUUUAUUGGGUUGGUCAGCAGCGCUAUAUCGGGAUACUGUGCGGUAAUAUUACGUAACCAUGGGUUGUUAGUUCCAUUGGGUCGCCUUGGCACUUUUUCUAUAUUUAAAAAGGGUCCCGAUGGAUCUUGGCAUGUUGGCAUGGCACCAACCAAUCAGAGGCCUUGAGAAUUCUAAAUUUGCGCCCACUUCCCUCUCUCUCUUCACUUUCUUAGAAUUAGUCGAAGGGCAAGGCCACGCCAUUUUCCUUAAAAUUUUCUCUGUUUCCUGUGAUAAUUAAACUUGCGUUCCUUCGACUAUAUAAUUUUAUUCAAUGCUAUUAGCAUGAUCGUUCACCAUGGCAGAAGAACGUUUUGUAAGGCAGUAUUUUGACAUUCCGCAGUGGUACGUUUUCGCGGAACAUGAAGUAACCAGACUUCACGCCAUUAUUCGUGAGAACAUGCCCAGCCAGAUUAUUUCGUGCAUCUUACUGGACUGCUUGGCUAUGUGCAACUCGUGUAUUUUUUGUGAUCCAGAGAUCAAUGUCCUUAUGACUUGUGGGGCCAUAUCGAGGCCGGCAAGAUCGUGUUAAAUAUACAAAACUAUUGACAGUGACGAUGACAGACCUAAUAUCCGCCGAUAUAGAGGAAGUCACGCAAUGGGCGGCCUCCAAAAAUCUUUCAGUAGACACUGUUAAAACACUUUUAGCGUAUAGAUACAAGUCAAUGGACGCCUUGGAGACUCUUACCCCUGAGGACACUUCGAAGGCGAAAAUCCCCGUGGGCCAAAUGAAACUUUUACUUACGGCAGUCCGCAACACGUUUCGUGCCAAGGACGCACCAUCUACUGUGGCCGCACAACAAACACCGAACACCACUGCCGAGACCGCCGCCGCUAACUCGACCCCAAACGACCUAGCUACCGCGGUGAACUCGGAGACAUGCGACGACGCUUUCGUACGCGUGGUGAUGGACCAGAUGAGGGCCAGCCAGGCGAACAUCGCCAAGUCCAUCGUACCGGAGCCCCUACUGAACCAGGAGCUGCCUCCAGAAAUUCAAGGUGGGUACUCUUGGCAAGAUCCCCAAGUUUAUUUAAAAUCAUUAAGUGCCAGCAGCAAUUCUACAUGUAGCAAUCAUUUAGAUAUUGUAGACUUUGUUAAUGUUGGAGGGGCACAUCAGUCUGAGAAAGUCAUGUCUGAUAAUUCUGGUUUUCAAAUCAUUUGUCGUAGCGGACCCAACAAACCAAAAUUAGAAAAUAGUGAUGUGCCAACAAGUGAAACUAGCGAGUGUGACAACAUCCAGCAUGACACGGCUUUUAACCGUGUUUCCACUGCAGCUGCAGGAUUACCAGCACAGGGCCGAGAAUGGAAGAGGAUGAGAUUUGGGUUUGCAGCGGAAUCCCUCCCCUAGUAGAGACAACUGCGCCAACAGAUUACCUCAGGGAAAAAGAAAACAUGAGGCAGUUGCUAAUGAAGCUGUUCAUGGUCUUGAUACCCACUGGGAAUAGCCAUAACAAAAAGCACCAUCACUUGACGAUUUGCAGAGCGAUAGACAACACAUACUUUUCCAGUGUGCAUAGAAAACGAGAAUUACCGCUGCGCCAAUUCAUUAAAGGAGAGGUAAUAAGAAAUCUCUAUUUUUGAAAAAGCCGCUGAGGGCUUUUCUGUUGCUGAGGACAGAGAUUUAUCUUAAUGCAUGAAAUAUGAGGGCUAUAAGUUCUUUUUGUCGCUGAGGACAACUUAGAGUUAAUGCAUGGAAAUUUAAAAGCCACUGAGGGCUGUAAGUAUAUUAACUUUUCUGUUGGUGAAGUUUUAAAGGCCACUGAGGGUAUACAGUUUGUUUCUAUUGCUGAGGACUGACGGGGGGAGUCAGAAAAAGACUGUUUAGAGAUGGCGGGGAAAAAAAACACAGAGGGAAACCUUAAAUGCUUGCUGCAUUUUGCGAUUAUUCAAGCCAACAAGUUUGGCCAACCAAAUGGUCAAAAUCUGGAGACCAUUGAAGAUCAGGUAUUCAUUUCAAGUGUAAUAGAUGUAUUAUAUGUAAAUGACAAUAAGAAUUAAUGAAUAUUAAUUUACCUUUGAUGCGUUAUGAAAUCAGACAAGAAGGAAAUAUCAAUAAUGAUAAAAAUAAAAAUUUAAAUGUAUGGAAAUAAGUCUUUCACGUUAUAAUUGUAGGAGAGCGAACCACAAGAGCCUCCAACGAAAAGAACAAAGACAUCAAGCCCUGAAAAGAUCUUACAGCUGGAAAAAAAGCCAGAGCAAAGAUGACAGAGAAGUAGAGAACGUUAAUGAAAAGGUGAGGAAGCCCUAGUGAGUUCUAUCUUAUCUUAGGGCAUUAGGGGGAAUUGAUGCUUCGGGUAGCAGGCUGAUAAGGCUAAUAGGGAGUAAAAAGUUAAUGUUUCCUGUCUUUUUGUACGAAAUAAUCGCCAGAGAAACUAACAAGUAUGCUGAUCAAGAAUAGGAAAAAAAUGGCGUCGAACAGAGAUGGCAAGUGACCACCCCUGAAGAAAUACGGGCCUAUAUAGCCAUACAGAUUGUUAUGGGCAUUAUUGUGGCCCCAAAUCAGGACAUGUAUUUAACAAAAGAUGAUCUGUUCCGACCAACAGGAAUAAAUGACAGAAUAAUGCGAGAUAGAAUGGACAAACUGAAAUAAUAUUUUCAUGUGGCAUACACAACACAAAAAUCCCCAAGAAGGCAACCUGGACAUGAUAAAUUGACUCAUGUAAGGCCAAUUAUUAAUAUAUUGCUGCACCAGACAAAGCAGGAAUACUCCCCUUAUAAAGAGAUGUCCGUGGAUGAGACAAUGGUUGCAUAUACUGGACGUAGGCCUCAAACAGUAUGUCCCCUUGAAGCCCACAAAAAGAGGGAUAAAAGUCUGGAUGAGGGCAGAUUCUAACAAUGGGUAUGUUAACGAGUAUCAAGUCUAUACAAGAAAAGAAAGCAAAAAUUUACCCAAGAAAUUAAAAACUUAAUUUAAAAAAAACCCACUGAGGGUGUUAAGUAUUAAAAUUUCAGUCACUUGUGCGCAAAUACAAAUAUGCAUGAACAAAUUAGCUGAUGGUGCUCUAUGUAAAGCAUUUGAGGGCUAUAAUUUUUUCCUUGUUGCUUGGGACCAAGGUUAAUAAAUCAAACUUUUUUGAAAUCGACAUUAAUGUUCCUGUAUUCAAUGGACCACAGCCUGGACCUACACAAACACUCGAAGCGGAUAAAAAUGAAAUAAAUUUCUUAAAUUUAUUGUUUUCUGAGGAGUUAUACUCGAAGAUAUCCGAGGUAACAAACGCUUAUGCUCAACUCUGCAUCAGGGCUAAAGCAAAUCCUGGAUGGUACAACACAAAGGUUGAAGAAAUAUGUGCUUUUCAUGGAUGUUUAGUCGUAAUUGGGAUUAUUAGUGCACCUGCACAAGAUCUCUAUUGGUCAAAGGACAAACUGUUUCAUUUGUCAUGUAUUGAAGAAAGGUUCACAAGAACAAGAUUCGAAAAUAUUCAAAGGUAUUUUCAGGCCGACACCACACAAAAUCCACCAAAGAACCAGCCUGGGCAUGACAAACUUGUUCAUGUACGAACAAUAAUGGAAACAAUCAGAGAAAAUUUCAAACGACAAUACAAUGCACACAAAGAGGUUUCAAUUGAUGAGGCCAUGAUUGGAUUCUCAGGCUGGCUUGGUUUCAAGCGGUAUGUUCCACUGAAACCUACCCAGCGUGGAAUAAAAGUGUGGGUUCGUGCUGAUCCACACAAUGGAUUUAUGAACGACUUUCAAGUCUACACUGGAAAGGAAGGAAAUGUUCCAGAGGCUAACUUAGGUGGCAGAGUUGUCCUGGACCUGUAUUGUGUAUUGUGACAGUUAUUUCUCAUCCCCUGAUCUGUUUUUGAAGCUUUGGAAUGAAGGAACUGUUGCGUGUGGCACAGUAAAACCAAACAGGAAAGGAAUGCCAAAGGACUUGGACAAGAUUGAAUUAAAAAACCAAGGAGACCACAUCAUGAAACAGAAGGCAAACCUUGUGGUGAGUGUAUGGAGGGACAAGAGGAAACUGACAAUCCUGUCAACUAACACCAAUCAGAGUAACCAAGAGGUACAAAGAAAACAGAAAGAUAGGACCGUGAAGAAUGUAAUGUGUCCAAUGUCAGUCAAGCUUUAUAAUGCUUACAUGAAUGGUGUAGACCAUGCUGAUCAGCUUAGGUCCACAUACAACAUUGCAAGGAAAAGCCUUAAGUGGUGGAAGUACCUGUUCCAGUACGAUGUGUGUUGUAAAUUCGUUCAUCUUGAUGUGCGAGUCCCCAAAUCAUGGCCUGAGGACCAAAAACAACAGGGUGAGGACCAGAACUCAACUGGAGUUUAGAAUGAAGCUAGCCCAUCAGCUGAUAGGACUUUUUUCUAUGAAAAGGAAAAGGAAAUCUGAAUUCAAUGUUGAGCAUGGGAUGGAACAUCACUGGCCAAGCACCGUGCCGAAGAAGAGGAGGUGUGAACAAUGCACAAAAUCUGGUGUUAGACGAGAACCAUUGAUUGGAUGUUCCCAGUGUGAUGUCAACCUAUGCAAUGACUGCUUCAAACCAUUUCAUUUGGAAAACUUUCCGGACAUUUAUGGACAAUAAACAAAGAAAUAUCAUUGUUUAUUAUGAUUUUGAGAAGUGUUUCCUUUUGUUUAUCUUUAUGGAAAUAAACAAUUUUUAAGGUAUGGUAAUAAAAGUUAUAUCUUUCGAAUCUGCAUUUAUUCUUCUUUGUUCCUUGAAAAUAUGAAAAACAGAUGUGAAUAAUUAAUGAAGCAGUGGCUGUUUAUCUAUUGUCUGCUCACCGCUCAUCAGCAGCAGGGAUUCUGAUAAGAAUUUGCCUGUGGCACAAUGCUGCAAAAAGCGGCUGGGGCUGAAUGAGUUAGACAACCAAGAUAAAUGAGAAAUUUACAAUGAACAGACUCGAUAAACUGAACAAAUACUUUCAAGUUGCCGACACAUCACAGAGUCCAUCCCGUCGUCAACCAGGACACUAUAAACUUGCCCAUAUAAGACC